CGCUGUUUCGGAAAGUGAAGGGCGCUUUCGCAUCUCCAACAUCUCUGUUUCCUCUUUUUUUUUUCUUGGUUGACGAAGUGUGUGGAAUGCUAUAGAAUUUGUGGCGAGGGUUUGCUGUGUUCAGGUGGGGAAGACGAGAUUGGUAAUGGCGAAGGCGAAGUUGAAAGGACUGGUGGAUGAUGAAUUGCUGAGGAUUUUGGACGCCAAUAUGGACGAGGCGCCGGCAAGGAGGCGAACUCGGGAGGCGUUUAAGGAGAUUCAGCUUGGAAUCGAUCACAUAUUGUUCAAGACGCCAUCCGAUGGAUUGAAAAUGAAGGAGUUGUAUGAGGUGAACUCUCGAGGAUUGGAAAUUUUCUCAAAAAGUUGGAUUCCUGAGAUUUCUCAACUCAAAGCAGUGGUUUGUUUUUGCCAUGGUUAUGGCGAUACUUGCACCUUUUUCUUUGAAGGAAUUGCAAGGAAAUUUGCGCAAUGUGGGUAUGGAGUUUUUGCACUGGAUUACCCUGGAUUUGGACUCUCUGAAGGCCUUCAUGGCUAUAUUCCUAGUUUCGACAAACUUGUUGAUGAUGUCAUUGAACAUUACUCAAAAGUCAAAGAUAACCCAGAGUUUAGUGGUUUACCUAGCUUCCUUUUCGGAGAGUCUCUGGGUGGAGCUGUAGCUCUGAAAGUGCACCUGAAACAACCUGAUGCAUGGGAUGGUGCUAUUCUUGUUGCACCAAUGUGCAAAAUUGCCGAUGACAUGGUUCCACCACUGAUAGUGACAAAACUCCUCAUUGGUGUAGCUAAUGUUCUUCCAAAGCAGAAGUUAGUUCCGCAGAAAAAUUUAGCUGAUGCAGCUUUUCGGGACUUAAAGAAUAGAGAGCUGACAGCUUAUAAUGUCAUUUCUUACAAGGACAAACCACGCUUGUGGAGCGCUCUAGAGAUGCUCAGAACCACUCAAGAGAUAGAACGUCGAUUGGAAGAGGUAUCUCUACCUCUAUUAAUUCUGCACGGGGAGGCUGAUAUCGUCACUGAUCCAUCGGUAAGCAAGGCUUUGUAUGAUAAAGCAAGGACUUCGGACAAGAAGCUCAAACUGUAUAAAGAUGCAUUUCACUCUCUUCUCGAGGGCGAGCCUGAUGAAACCAUAGUUCAAGCUUUGGAUGAUAUAAUUUCAUGGCUCGAUGAACACAGCAGGAAGAGUGAUACCUCUUGAGCAUUGGCCCUCUUCUAUUUUUUUUUCUUCUUCAAGAACAUAAAGGAAGGAGGGGAAAACAAAUAAAAUGUACUGUUUUGGUUGAUAAAUAAGGCUGCCAUUGCAUGUACAGAAAUGUGGCUAUUGAGAUAUUUCAAUAAUUUAUAAAUUUAGUUAAUUUAUAGCAGAUUGGUGUAGUUUAUAUUCUCUA